UUUUUUUUUUUUUAUUAUUAUUUUUUUUUUUAUUUCAUUUCAUUUUCUAGGGUAUGACUAAAAUUACAGAUAAAAGAGUGAUUGUGGCUACUUUAUUCUCACCGUAUACAGUUGACUUUCAACUUCAAGAAAAGAGACCUCAGCAUGUAGUUAAUUCUUCUAUUAUGACAACUAAUCAUAAUUCGAAUAAUCCCAUUCCGAAUCUCAUUCAAAGUUUAGCAAAGCAUCAACAAAAGGAAAGUCAAGUUAAUAAAAAUAACUAUUAUGCUGAAGAAUCUUUAUUUGACUUUACUCGACCUGAAAUACUUGUUCAACCACGUAGUAAACAAGUACGUGAUGAGGAUUUAUGUGAUAGAAACCAUGAAUCUAGCUUUUUAAAUACGAUGAGUAGUAGGGCUUCUUCAGGAAGCAAACGUUCUUCUAUUAUUAUAGAUAGUGACGGUUGUGCUAAAGUAUCUUCAGAUCCUACUUGGUCUGUUAAACCUUGUUCGAUAGGUAAUAUUGGUUUAAAUAAUACACUCUUUUCAAUUCAAGAUCGAUUGGAUCAUUUAACUUGGGUGGGUACCUUGGGGAUGCCUAUAGACUCUUUAUCUAAAAAGACAAAACAAGACAUUUAUAAAGUCUUUGUUGAAGAUUAUCAUACAUAUCCUGUUAUGCCUACUGAUGACAUAUUUGAAGGUCAUUAUAAUGAAUAUUGUAAACAAGUACUUUGGCCUUAUUUUCAUUAUGUUGUGCAAGAUGAUGCACAUAGUUUAAUGUCUCAGGAAGGUGAAUCUUAUAAAGCUUAUAAAGAAUUAAAUCAACAAUUUGCUAAUACGAUUACUGGUAUUUAUAAGGAAGGUGAUUUAAUUUGGAUAAAUGAUUAUCAUUUAAUGCUUUUACCUGGAAUGAUUCGUGAAAAGAUCCCUAAUGCAAUCAUAGGCUUCUUUCUUCAUAUUCCUUUUCCUAGUUCUGAAUUAUUUAGAUGUUUACCUCCUCGAAAAGAAUUACUUCAAGCCAUGUUACAAUCCGAUUGUAUUGGAUUUCAAACAUAUUCUUUUGCUCGUCAUUUUCUUCAAACAUGUUCUCGUAUUCUUUCUGUAGACGCAACUCCCUCAGGUAUCCACUUAGAUACUCAUUAUUGUUCAGUGGAUAUUAACCCUAUUGGUAUCGAUAUACAUGCCCUACAAAAGAAGAUAGCGGAUCCUAAUGUAUCUCGAUGGGUUACCAAGUUAAAAGAGAAAUAUGCAGAUAAAAAGUUAAUUGUAGCUCGAGACAAAUUGGAUUCGAUUAAGGGCGUACGUCAAAAGAUGCUGGCCUUUGAAGAAUUUUUGAUACGACAUCCUGAAUGGCGUGGAGAGGUGAUACUCAUUCAGAUCGCUCUCUCUACCUCUGAGCAUAAUGAAUUGAGAGCUCAUAUCUCGGAUGUCGUAUCUCGUGUUAAUUCUAAAUUUAGUACCAUCUCUUAUCAACCUAUUGUCUUUUUACAUCAAGAUAUUUCAUUUACACAAUAUUUAGCUUUAUUAACCUGUGCUGAUGCUUGUUUAUUAACUCCUUUAAGAGAUGGUAUGAAUUUGACUUCACAUGAAUAUAUCGUUUGUCAAAAGGAGACACAUAACCCGUUAAUCUUAAGUGAGUUUACAGGUACUUAUGGAAGCUUUGGUGCAUCUAUUCGAAUCAACCCAUGGGAUUAUAGACAAGUAAGUGAAGCUAUUCAUGAGGCUUUAUCUAUGGAAGCUGAAGAAAAAUCACAAAGAUGGAAGGAAUUAUACAAAAGUAUCGAAGCAACCUCUGCUCAGAAUUUUGCUAGAAAUAUCAUAACUAGACUCUCAAAGAUUCAUAGUACAUCUUCUGGACGUCGAUUUUCUAUACAAAUCCCUAAAUUGGAAUCAGAAUUAUUGGUAGAAGCUUGUAAACGGAGUAAAAAAAGAUUGUUUCUAUUUGAUUAUGGUGGUACUUUAAUUCCUCAUGGGAAACCUCCUGGAUCUGCAGACUUGAGUAAGAGUUUAGAAUUAUUAACAAAACUGACAGCAGAUCCUCGAAAUGCUGUAUAUGUUAUUUCAGGAAGAACAAAGCUAAAUAUUGAAACAGAUUUAGGAUCUAUACCCAAUUUAGGGUUAAGUGCUGAAAAUGGGUAUUAUAUUAAACCCUUGGGAGAAGAAUGGCAACAAGUUUAUGAUAAUGUUGAUUUUUCAUGGAAGCCAACCAUAAAAGAGAUUUUUCAAUAUUAUACUGAACGUACACCUGGUGCUUAUAUGGAAACAAAAGAUACAUCUAUUGUUUGGCAUUAUCGUAAUGCUGAAUGUUUCGAUUCUCAAUAUAUAUCAUGGCAAGCAGCUGAAUGUCAGAAUCAUAUUGCAGACUCUGUUAAUAAGAAUUUCGCAGUUCAUGUUGUAGCAGGCAAUACAACGAUUGAAGUGAUCCCUCAUGAUAUCAACAAAAGCUCCAUAGCGAAUAGAAUUCUUCAAGAGACACAUCCUGAUUUUAUCUUGGCUAUUGGUGAUGAUCGUUCAGAUGAGGAUAUGUUUCAAUUCUUGGGAAAACAAAAGCAAUUAAAAGUGAUUACUUGUAUAGUGGGUAAAAGGAGUACAGAGGCAGGUUAUUAUAUAUCUAAUGUAGAUUCUGUUUUGACUACGUUAAAUGAACUAUGUAAUAAAUCAAUGUAAGUGGGUACUAUUAUUUAAAUACACAUGCGU